AUCCCUUCUCCGAGACACGAGGUGGCGGUCAUCCAACAGAGUUUGCCAUCAGUGGUGAAAACUCCGGCAAACGAAGAAGAAGUAGAAAGAGGAGAAGGUUUAUAUGAUAUUCACGUCCAAGGGAGACCUCAACGGGACGGGACAGGUCUAGAUCAGAGUGUAGAUAAUGCCCAGACAUGGUGCCUUGUCAGACCCAUGUGUUGCGGAAGUGGCAGGAGCACUUCAAUAGCUCCUGGGCAGCAGAAGACAGUGUACAGACAGCCAGGAGGCAUGGGGCUGCUGUGCUCUACAAUAAGCUCCUUCACAACAAGGAAGUGGUGACUCUGGCCCAACCUGUUCAAGAACUCAUCGGCCCACACCUGCCAGACUUCGAGUGCGAGUCCAGUGCCUCAGCGGAGAAGGAAGAGUACCUGUCAUCCUUGCUUCACAGCCAACGAUGGCUGGCUCAUCGGAUGCUGUCACAAACCUCCUACACCUUGGGCCUCCACCAAAGGCUGGUAGUUCUCCAGAGGAUCUACUAUGCACUUCACAGCAAAUACCAUGACAAAUUUCGUGUGCAGCUGCCCUCCCAGUCCACAGACAGUGGCACCGAAAGUGGGCAACUUGAGCUGGCCUCAGAGCCCUGCCUGCCAGGGGGAGCAUCCAAAGUCAAGUCGGGUACAGAUGUUCUGAUAGAAAUGGGCGUGAGGACAGGUUUAAGUCUGCUCUUCUCGUUGCUGCAGCAGAACUGGAGAUACGCAGCCUCCGUGCAUCCGGAGUCGGUGCUUUGCAAUGACGUGCUUGCCACAGCGUCCUCUGUGCUGACUUCUCUACCACCACUAUCUCUGGCCAAUGAGAAUAAGAUCCCAUCAGUGGGGCUUGACUGCCUGGCACAGGUGGCAGACUUUCUGAAGAAAACAUCAGUGAGCAGCGGGACAGGUGGGGCCGACCCCACCGGUCGGAGGUUAGCGCUGGAGCUACUGCUUGGUCUGGCCAUGCAGAGAGGCUCUCUAAAGUUUCUGCUGGAGUGGGUGGAGGUAGCCUUGGCGGCUUCUGUGUCCUCAUCCACCUCUACACUGUCUUCCUCCUCCUCACUGAGCUCCCAGCACCCAGCUGGUGUGGGCUUCGAUGUCAUCCAUCAAACGCUUCUCCAAAUGAAGCUAUAUUCGGGUUUCCGUGGGGACACAGUCAACACUCAGGUGCUGAAGAAGGAUGCAGAUGGACUUUGUCGACUCUCACAGGCAGCUCUCUGCCUGUUUGAGGAGAUUUGUAACCUAGCAUCCUACUGCCUGUGCUCCUGCAGCACUGAUACAGCAGCUCCUGGUUCAGAGAGUGACACAGUCAUGGUGUAUGUGUGGGGCAGCAACAGCAGCCACCAGCUAGCAGAGGGAACUCUGGAGAAAAUCCUGCUGCCAAAGCUCACACAGGGCUUCAGUGAUGCCCAAAUGAUUGAGGCAGGCCAGUACUGUACAUUUUCAGUAUCAGCAGAUGGUUCAGUGAAAGCAUGUGGAAAAGGCAGCUAUGGCCGUCUUGGCCUAGGGGACUCCAACAACCAGUCCAUGCCCAAGAAACUUGUGCUGGAGCCACAUAGGAACAUGAAGAAGGUGUCCUCCUCUAAGGGCUCCGAUGGGCACACUUUGGCCAUCACUAUAGAGGGAGAGGUGUUUAGCUGGGGUGAUGGAGAAUAUGGGAAACUGGGCCAUGGCAACAGCGCUACACAGAAAUACCCCAAAAUCAUACAAGGGCCACUGUUUGGCAAAGUCGUUGUUUGUGUGUCUGCUGGCUACAGACACAGUGCUGCUGUGACAAAUGAUGGAGAGCUUUAUACCUGGGGAGAAGGCGACUUUGGCAGACUUGGUCACAGUGACAGUCAGAGUCGGAACAUGCCCACACUGGUGAAGGACAUUAGUGGUGUUGGGCAGGUGGCCUGUGGCAGCUCCCACACCAUUGCUGUGGCGCAGGAUGGACGCACUGUGUGGUCCUUUGGUGGAGGGGACAAUGGUAAACUAGGUCAUGGAGACACCAAUCGUGUGUAUCGCCCCAAGGUGAUAGAGGCCCUGCAUGGAUUCAUCAUCAGGAAAGUGUGUGCUGGCAGCCAGUCAUCUCUGGCCCUUACCUCUGCAGGACAGGUGUUUGCAUGGGGCUGUGGCUCAUGUUUAGGAUGUGGUUCCUCUGAGACAACCUCUCUGAGACCUAGGUUCAUAGAAGACCUGAGUAUCACCAAGAUCAUUGAUAUAUCCUGUGGAGACAGCCACUGUCUGGCUCUGACACACGAGAAUGAAGUGUAUGCCUGGGGGAACAACACCAUGGGUCAGUGUGGGCAAGGCCACACUUCAACACCAAUUACCAAACCCAAGAAGGUCAUUGGUCUAGAGGGGGUAUCGAUCCAGCAAAUUACUGCUGGCACUUCUCACAGCCUAGCUUGGACCGCAGUUCCAACUGACAGGCAACUGGUAGCGUGGCACAGGCCUUUUUGUGUUGAUUUGGAAGAGAGCACAUUCACCUACCUACGUAACUUCUUAGAAAGUUACUGUGAUGGCAUCGGGGAUGACACACCCCCUGCCCCAUUCUUAUCUAAAAGGGACCACCAUCAGUUUCUUUUGCUGUGCAUGAAGCUGUUGUCCAUCCACUUGUCCUUGGCUCAUGCUGGGGGCACUGGUGCCAUGGUUUUGGGGGCUCAGGGCAGGCCCCUCAGAAACCUUCUCUUCCGGCUUAUAGAUACCAAUAUGCCAGACUCCAUACAACAGGCCGUUUUGAACACACUGUCCAUUGGUGCAUCCCUGCUACUUCCUCCACUAAGGGAAAGGACAGAACUGCUUCUGUCCCUCCUUCCUCAGGGCCCUCAGAGCUUGAAUGUCCUCUCCAAAGGACAGCGUCUGCAGUUAGACAUGGUCCUCAGCAGCCUUCAGGAUCAGAGCCAUAUAGCUUCUCUACUAGGUUACAGCAAUUUUGGGGAGGUGACAGCCCUGGUACCCCCUUUGACACCCGCUAUGUCUGUCGGCCCACCCUCCACAUCCAGCUCUGUUUUGGCGUACGACCCUCUGCACUUAGCAGAGGUGCUGCUCAGAACCCUGCUCCUCAGCAUAGGCUUUUACACGGAAAGGGCAUUUGGGGAACUAGAGAAAAACAGUGACAAGCAGCUAUCAAGUGAUAGCCAGGGACACACUGAUCCUCCCUGUCACUUCCAUCAGCUGCUGUCUGGACUUCACAGACACCUGCUUGGCCAUUGCUACAUCCAUUCCAGCCCUGAGGAUGACAGCAGUGUCAAGCUGCUGCGUGAGCAUCUUUACCUGCUUCUUCCCUGUGCUGCUGAAACACUCCAGAGAUCCACCAAACUGUUGAAGGAGAGUUCCCUGGAUAAACAACUAAUCAAGAAACUGCACGUGGUGUUGUACAACUCAGUGGCUGGCGGCCUGCUGUGCCAAGUAAUGUACUCCUUGUUGCUGCUGCCCCUGGGCACAGUUCAACCCCUCCUGAGCCAUUUACUGGCAUUGUUGGAACAACUCAAUGAUUUCAACAGGUUGCUGCCAGAGAAAGGCUUCCUGGAGCAACAAGAACUGGGGAUAGAGGCUCAGAAAACCUGUUUUGAUAAAAGUCAAGAAAACACAUGCUUUGGACAGCAGCAACAGGAGGAGGAGUGCAAGUGGGUCUGGCUGUUGGACCUAGAACGGUCUGUUGCAUUGGCAGUCGGCCGUUGCCUUGGUGGUAUGCUGCAAGGGCCGCCGCCCUCACUCCAGGAGAAAACGUCAGAGUUCUGGCUAUCAAAUGUCCUCCUCAGGAAUGGGCUUGAGAUGGAUUUUGAACAGCUGGAAUCGAGCAUGCCAUGGCUGACUGAGGUGGUGCUGCUGGGCAGUAGUGAUACCAGGCUGGCAGAGCUCAGUCUGAAUGAGGAAACCAGUACUUUACUGGAACUGGCCCUGGGAACCUCCAGAGGACCUGCAGGUGGCCUGUGGCGAAAUAUGGAGGAGUAUGCUCACAGCAAAGAAUGGGAGAGUGGAGGCUUUUCUGGCGACUGUUUGCUGCAGACUGUCUGUCGCUGCAGUCUGGCUGCUCUUCUGAAACACACUGGACUGCAGAAUGAGGCCUGUUGGCAGGACAGAUAUGAGCCCUGUGAGACGCUAUUAGACGUCUAUGAAGCGGUUUAUAAAAUCAGAAGCACUCUGUUGGCCCAUAAAAACUUGCCAAGGAUGUCACAGGUCCAGACUGCAGUCAAACAGACCGCUCAAUCUCCCCAAAGUCCCGAUGCAGACAGACAAGAGCCGGGAACCUCAGUGCUGCAGGAGGGAAAGCAUCCUGAGCAGCAGUUAGGUCAGUGCAGCCAGGAGGUGCAGGUGCCCCCACCCCCCACAGCAAACCACAACCAUGAAGAGGUUGCAGAGGAGGAGACCUUUGGAAACAGUCGUAUGUACCUGUCAGAAGUCCUAGAAUCGUUCAUGGCCACCCGGGAGGCAAUGAAUGUACAGCAGAACGUGACAGUGUAUGAAUCCUUUGGCACUUCCACCCUCCCCAGCAGCAUGGAGAGCCCAGUCAGCCCAGAGAGGGAGCUGGAUCCCAAGCAGCAGUGGGAGAAGCAAAGGGAAUCUGAGGAAAGCUUAGGCUUCCCUGAUGCCUGCCAUCUGGUGGUGUCACGCUGUCUCUUCCUCCUGCUGGGGGUCAGGCCUGCUUGUGUGGAACCCAGCGAAAAUGAGAACAGUCAGGCUACUGGAGCAAGGAAAUCAACAACAGAAUUCCUAAUGAUGGCUGCUGAUGACCGAAAACAGUCUGACCAAUCCAAACACUCAUUGGGAUCUUCCAAGAAUAAAAUGGGCUUACCUCUGUGUUCUCUGGGCAUCAUGAAAGACGCUUGGGAUCGCCUGCGGCAGUGUAUUAGCCCGACCACCAAUAUGUCCCACUAUGGCAACAACACGUUGCCUAUUCUUAACCAGGUGUUCCACUUUGUCUGUGGAGGCCUAACCCACGUGUCAUCCCCCUCACCAACAUUGCCGGGUGGACAGACUUCUAGUCAAGCAGAUCCGAAGGCCAUUACUUGUGCUAUACUCCAGCAGCAACAGAGGGCUGAGCUGCGUCUGGAGGCCUUGUGUCACAUGUCAUCCUUCCUGUCUAAGAGCGAGGAAAAGAGCAGUGGGUUCACUGUCUCCCCUCGGUUUCCUGCAUUGUUGCAGUCCGUGCAGCUUCAGUUCCUCUCAGGAUGCUUUGCUUUGGGAACGCAAAUAAUUGGCUGUCACUCUGGAGCUAAUUAUGAGAUGCAGCAUUACAUGUCUGGUACGCAUUCAGCUUCUCUGGAUACGCAAAGAGAACUACAAUCCGCAGCCCACAUGUUCUACCAGCAGGUAGUGCGUGUCCUCAAACAGAGAUUCCUGUUGGAAAGAGAACAUCCAGGUUCCUGCCAGCACCUUCUCCUAGCUACAAUGUUUGCAUUAAAUUUCUGCUACCAACCAGCGGACUUGGUGUUGGUCAUCAAAUGUGGCAUCCUGGAAAUUCUUCCCAUGCUGACCAACAACAGCUGUGCACUGAUGAACCAGGGUUGGUUUGCAGCCCCCAAAUCUGGGUCCAUGCUGCUAAGUGGGGCUGUUAGACUAGCUUGUGCCCGCCUGCUUCAGAUAUUGACUGUGGCUGCAAGCUCCUGUGAGGAUUUGCUGCCUAUGGAUAUAUCCCAUGCUCUGAUGGAAGUCAUGUGUGAGCAGCUACAAAAUAUCGUGUAUACUUUCCACCAACAGCAGAUAGCAGAGAGAGGAACAGCUGAGAGAACAGAUCUGGACUCCAGCAGCAAGAGCGCAAAUCAAAUUGGAGUGGAAAGCAGCAAAGUGGUUGAAUCUCAGCUUGCAGAUUUCUUGGUGUUUCUGAGGCGUGUACUGUCAUUAAGAGUAAUGAAAAGGCUUUCUACUUUUGUCAAAUGGAGUGAUCCACUCUUGACAAUAAUUUCACACAAGUGCUCUUCAGGAUCUCCAUGCUUCCAGAACCUUCGCACUAAGCUUUUGGCCUUCCAUGUUUUAGAAAGACUGUUACCCGCUUGUUCUGAAACUGUUCAAAUUCAACAGAUUGUAAAACAGCUCUUUCAGCUCAUGUCUGUUUAUAUGUGGAAGGAACCACUGGCUGAGAAGAACCACGAGGAGAUGGCUGAAAAAGAAAAGGGGAACCCUGGCAGCCAUGAUGAAUGUAUUCCCAUUGGAGAUUUUUCCUUUGACCCACACAAGAUAAUCUGUUGUUCUUUGGAGAGUGGGAACAUCCUAUCUCAUGGCUCAGGAGGGAAAGGUUACGGCUUGGCAACCACUGCCAUCACAUCUGGCUGUUUUAUUUGGAAGUUCUACAUUACCAAAGAAAAUAGAGGCAAUGAGGGAACAUGUAUUGGCGUGUCACGCUGGCCAAUCAGAGAUCACAACCAUCACACCACCAGUGACAUGUGGCUGUAUCGUGCCUAUAGUGGCAACCUGUACCAUGGGGGGGAACUGGUCCGCACACUUCCUUCAUUUACCCAGGGUGACACCAUCACCUGUAUCCUGGACAUGGAGGCUCACACCAUAUCAUUUGCUAAGAAUGACAAGGAGCCAAAGUUGGCUUUUGAAGGUGUGGUUGCCUCUGAACUUUACCCCUGUGUGUUGUUCUACAGCAGUAAUCCUGGAGAGAAGGUGGCACUACGUGACCUCCAGAUGCGAGGCAUGCCCAGUAAUCUUCUUCCCGGGGAGCCUCUCUGCAGUCCUCGGACCACGGUGCUGCUGGAGUCAACGGUGCACCUUCUCCGUCGGCUCCAUCAAUGUGACCAGUGGGCCUCGCACAUCAACCAACACAUCCACACCCACCUGGAGCUCAUUGGUCCCCUGCUGAAAGAAGAUGACUUAGGAAGCUUCAAUCCAGGCCUUAGUCCCACACACUUUGAGAAGAAAGAGAAUGAAAGAGACCCAGACGUUGCUGUUGAUGACACAGGGGAAUUGUUGGCACAUCGGCGGCCCCUCUCAGAGGCCAAGCUAGCUGCACUUUGCACUGAAGUGUGGCCGGUACUGGCUCUGAUUGGAGGAGUGGACAGUGGUCUCCGUGCUGGAGGUCUGUGCCUGCACAAGCCCAGUGGGCGCAGGGCCAUUCUGCUGGGAGUCCUGAAAGAAGGAAGCUCCCUGGCCAAGCUUCAGUGGGAGGAGGCGGAUCUCUCUGUCAGCUCCAUGAAUUCUUGGUCACCCAGCGACACGCCGAUCAUCUCAUUGGAGCCCUGUGACAUAUCCUGCUGCGAUGUCACCCCACUUGGACGCCUCAAACCCACAGUGUUGUUAGACCUGAUUUAUUUGAUGGGGCUGCUGGAGGAGCAGGGAUGGCUGGGGGCUCAUCCAGCCUCAAACCCUAAAAGCGAAAACUCAGAGGAGAACAUUGAAGAGAGUGAGAUGGUCGAGCCAGACCCCUUCCCAUCACCUUCCUCAACCAAAGAUGCCACAAAGAUCGGUGACCAUCAUGAGUUGACCUGUUUUCCCCAACCUUCCCAGACAUCCCAAACCUCUAAAGUGGAUGUUUUUGCACAUGAACUGAGAGCAGUUAGGGUUUCAUACCUUCUUAUUGGAGCUUUGAAAUCCCUGACUGUCAUUUUUAGUUGUGAGAAGCUGUCAGAUUUGCUCUUAGUGCCUAAACUAUACCCUCCCAACUCCUCAAUUAGUCCGAUGUCUAGCCCAAACCCUGACCAGGCAAAGGCGAGCAGCAAACAGUGGGAUGAGAGUGCUGAGCUGAGAUCGGUGCUGCAGUAUGUGGUGCAGAGCAUGGUGAAGUGGGCAGUCAGGCCUUGCCCCAUCAAACAGGGCGUGUCUCUUGUAGACCUGGAAAGGGCUCAGAUCAUGAUCUACAAAGGUGCCCUUAGCAGACUGCAGGAGGAAAAAGAACACAAAGAAUCUGGCCACACUCAGCCUAUUUCUAAGUCCUCCAGCUCCGUGUCCUUGUACAGCGCGGGUUCAGAAGGCACUGCCAUCUUUGGCCAAUCAAGCAGAGCCUCUGCCUCAUCCUCUAACACUGACUUGGCAUCCUCUCUGCCAACACACCUGCAGGCGGAUGGCCUUGAUAAUUUCAACCCUUUCUUUCCCAUCAGCCUUCUCCAGCACAUGGUCUUAACUCGGUUCCCCACGCUUACCGGCCUGGUUAGCGCUCCCCCCGUGCUGCACCCUUGCUUCAGCCUGGCCAGCUCUGCUUCUUGCGAUGCCUUUACAGAGCAGCAGACUAGCUUCAUGGAACCAGGUCCCUGCAGCACACAGGCCAGAAGCAGCCUGGAACGGACACAAAUGUUUGUCACCAGUCGGUUGCUAGAAAUGGGAUUCUCUAUGAGACAUAUCUACUGGGCCAUGGAGAGAGCAGAUGUAGCAGGUCACUUGGACUCUCAAACCAUUGAGGUGUUGGCCAGCUGGAUGCUGGAGCACCCCCUGACAGAGGAGCAGCAGGCAGCUGAGGCAGUUAGACCCGAGGGUGCUCCUGACACCCCGUCGUCAGAUGGGCCAGAGACAGUGCAAUGUCCUGAGCGAUCCACCAGUCAACCCAAUGAAAGUCUGUUGCCUGGGCUUGACUGGAUAGAGAGAGAAAACUUCUUGGAUGUCCACCUCACUAGGAACAGACCUCCUCCAGCACGGCGGCGGCGCUCAGGCCCAAGUCAAAGGACCUCUUUCCGAAGGGCAGCAAACACCAUCUUUUCAGACUUGCCAUCACCCAACCCCCUCCCGCAGCUGUACCAGCAGCACACAUCGGUCAGCGACUGGCCAGAGCAGGUGGAGUUUCAUCCCUUCUCUGCUGAGGAGUCAGAGUUGGGAUACAUGGAUGACCCAUACAAUGAAGAAACUUAUGAGGACCUGCUCACCCCUUCAUUCUUCAGCUUGGAGAGAGACGCGCUCCAGAUAGUGGAGGUCGGAGAAGAACAUAGUCAGAUGGUGAAGUGUGAGCUGUGCAACACCUUCACCCUGCAAUUUAACAAUCACAUAAAGCGCCGUCACCCAGGUUGCGGUCAGAGUGCUGCACGUAAGGGUUACGACAGCACCGGGGCCUAUGUGGAUGUCUGGUUCAAAGGGGAGUGUGGCUCCAACUUCCCCUUCUACCUUCUCUGCAGCUCCUGCAGAGAAAAGUAUCUGGCUGCAAACCUGAGCGACUCAAGUUCUAAAUACGAAAGGAUUAAAGGUCUGACAUCUGAUUUGAUUGGCCAAUUAGACAGCACUUCUGAUGAUGAUUGGGAAAUGAGCCACCAAGAUGAGUGUGACACAGACAAGCUGACAGGACUGGAGGACUUUGGGCUUUUGCUGAGACCACUUGGGCUGACUGAAAAUAAGCUGGUGCCAGACCCCAUUGCCUUCACUGAGCCAGAUCCCCUUGGAGCCCUGGUUUACAGCUCAGCUGACCAUACAAGAGCAGGAGCUACCAAAGGGAAUGCCCUUGUUGAGCAGAAGACCUCUCUGAGCCUUGGACAGCAGGCAGUAUCACUGAGGGACUCUCAUGAUAGACUAAAAGCUUUAAGGAGAGUCACCUCAACAGCCCAGAUCUUGCUAGCUUACAGCAUGGUGAUGAGAGCACUGUCUCAGACUGCCUCCAGUGCAUCAGUUUGCAGCCACUCUAACGGACUAGAGUCCUUGGGUCUGGCGGAUAUCCGCAUCCUGGUUCGUUUAAUGACUCUAGCAGCAGGGGGCAGGGCUCACUCCUGCGUAGACAGACAGUCCGGUUUGAAGGGGUUGGCAAAAGAGGGCAACAACUCCACGUGCCUCAGCUUCCUUACCUCAGCCAUCGGCAGUGUGGUGACCCAAAGCCCCACUGCUUACAGGCAGCUAGUGGAAAUAUGCACUCAGGACCUGAUUUCAGCAGCUACAGGGAUGAAUAUUGGGGCCAUCAGUGACCCGCAGCAGAGAGAUUGUCUGAACUCCAGUCUAACAGCUGCAGCCCAGGGAGCCCAGCAACCGAAGGUUUACAAUGAUCAGACGCCCCCUACAUUCUUGGUCACACAAAAUCUGGUGUCCCUGCUCACUGAAAAGGGUGUUCACUGCUACAGCCCAGAUAAGGCAGAACAUGAGGCUAAUGAUACAGGAAACCAAGGGGUGUCUUCUUCGUCCUUGCCUCCUUCCCCUUUACCCCACCUGAGUGCCAGAGUGGGCCCUCUGGAGCUGGCUAAUGCGUUGGCUGCUUGUGUCCUGUCUGCCAGGCUGACUAGUAAACACCGCCGCUGGGCAGCACAGCAGCUGGUGCAGGCUUUGGCUGCCACAGGAAGGGACAGUCCUAAUAGGCCCCAAACAUACAGCGACCUGGCUGGCGAGUUGCGCAAAAGUCCUCUCAAGAGGCUGGAAGGACAUUACAACAAGGUGACCAGCUGCUCCUGGAACAACGACCAAUGUUUGCUGGCUACAUGCUCUCAGGACAAGGUGGUGCAACUGUGGAGCAUCGGCCAGAACACUGUGGAGUUACAGACCACCUUCUCCUGCAUUACCAGUAAGACGGACCGAUCAAGCAGUGAGAGGGCUGCUAGAUCUCAUCACAUGUCUCCUGUAUACUGGAGUACAGGAGGAAACUUUUUGGCCGCCCCAGAGAACAAACACAUCAACAUCAUGAACAUCAGGGGAUCUCACUGUCAUGUGGAGGCUCAGUUGUCUCGGGUCACAGCCCUCUGCUGGGCUCAGACCUUCAGCUUGUGGACUCUUGACCAGUCAGUGGCCUGUAAGAACAGACCUGCUGAGAGCCUGUUGGUAGGACGGCUGGAUGGCUCCCUCUGCUGGCUGCAGGUCACGAUGCAGCAAAUAGACCUGAAUGUAAAGAGCACCGAACUCACCCAUUGCCACAGAAAAGAGGCUCCCCAGUGUGUUGCCUGGCACAGUGAGGACAAGCCUUUCGCAGUGGGCUACUCCAAUGGAAAGAUCCUUUUAGCCUCAACUGCGGUCUAUGAGAAUGAGCAGCCCGUAUUGCUGUCUGUCUUCCAGGAGGGUGUAAGUUCUCUAAAAUGGGACCCCACAGGACACUUACUGCUCUGUUUGGGUAGGUCAGAGGUAGUAAAGAUACUGGAACGCUCUGGGGCCACUUGGGUGACCCUACACUCCCUCAUUCACAUCAGCACCGUGAACAUAGCUGAAUGGUGCCCACUUGCCGGCAGAGCACCGGAUCCCAGGCUCAUGGUGGCUGUAGGUUGUCAGAAUGGCUCUGUGCAUGUCUGGACACUGCCACAGGGGGGUACUUUUGUGUCUUUGCCCAACAUAUUGAACACCCAGGGCCAGGCUAAAAGCACUGAUGUUAAGGUCAGUUUGGAUCUGCUGUUGGAGUUCCUUUUUGCAGCUAUGAUUAUACUAAAAACUUUAAAUCAAGAGCAUACAAAGCGUGUGUUUGUACUUCAUGGCCACAUUACAGCAGUGAAGUCCUUGUCAUUUUGCUCCAGUGGAUUGGCUCUGGUCUCUGGAGGGAUAGGAGGUCUGCUCAACAUCUGGUCCUUACAGGAUGGUUCAGUUUUGCAGACUGUUACAGGUUUGGGUUCAGUUGUCAAUACUACCUGGAUACCAAACUUGGGUGUGGCCGCCUGCUUUGGGAGGUCAAAGGAUGUUUUGUUGAUCUGCUGCACCCCUGACUGGAUCAGUCAAAAUCAUGUGCUAGCUUCCUGUCGUAUGGUCCUCAGAAGCCAGAACAUCCUGGGUCUAAAUCGGGCCCCUUGUUUAGCUGUCUUUCUGGAAAGACUGCCCAUGCUGUUGCAGGAGCAAUACAACUAUGAGCGGACCCAUGUGGCAGCCGGUGACCAGCUAGUCCACAGUGCCUUUCUGCAGAGCCUGGCCUCCUUGACUGUUGGUUUGUCCUUAGAGAAACACCUGUGCCGUUACCCACGCCCUCCACACCACAUCAGUUCUGAUGCCCACUCCUGCCCGUCAGAGUGGAGCUGGCUUUCCACUUAUGCCACCACUGUCCAGAGCGCUGAGGCUAUUUCCAGUGGUACUGCCUUCCCAGAAUCCUUCAAUCUUUCAGAGUUUCAGGAGGGGGACGUCACUGAAAUCACCAAGGCACUUGACAAUAGUAAGUGGAGCUUUAGGAUGGAUGAACAACUGAUGUCAUGGGCCACCACCAGACCAGAGGACUGGCAACUAGGGGGAAAGAGUGAGGUGUACUUGUGGGGGAACGGACGUUACGGACAGUUGGCAGGAAUGGGAACCAAUCUCAUGAUGCCUACUCUUGCACCCUCUCUCUUACAGACGCAACAGGUUGUGUGUGGACAGAACUGUUCCUUCCUGGUUCAGUCCAAUGGGACAGUACUGGCUGUAGGGGAAGGACAGUAUGGCAGACUGGGCCAGGGGAAUUCUGAUGAUCUCUAUGUCCCCACUAUCAUCUCUGCUUUUCAAGGGUAUGUGGUGACUCAGCUGGUGACGUCCUGUGGAUCCGAUGGACACUCCAUGGCCCUGACUGAGACUGGGGAGGUGUUCAGUUGGGGAGAUGGAGAUUUUGGAAAACUGGGCCAUGGCAACAGUGAAAGGCAAAGGAGACCUAAACAGAUAGAGGCCUUCCAAGGAGAGGACAUCAUUCAGCUUGCUUGUGGUUUCCGACACUCAGCUGUGGUAACAGCAGAUGGGAAACUGUUCACCUUUGGCAGUGGGGAAUCUGGUCGUCUGGGUCAAAGGUCAACAUCCAACAAGACAUUGCCUGAAAGGGUGACUACUCUAGAGGGGUAUCAUGUGGGACAGGUGUCCUGUGGUCUCAACCACACACUAGUGCUAUCCCUCGAUGGCAUGGUUGUGUGGGCUUUUGGAGAUGGGGAUUAUGGCAAAUUGGGAACAGGUUCCUCUACAGCAAAAUACUACCCUCAGAAAGUAGAGCAGCUUUGCAACAAGGGAAUUAAGAAGGUCAGUUGUGGAACUCAGUUCUCUGUGGCAUUGGCCUCUGAUGGACAUGUUUACACAUUUGGACAAGAGCGUCUGAUCGGCCUGCCGGACUCUAUGCUGAAGAAUAAAUCCUGCCCCCAGGUGGUACCGUCAUUGGAGGGGCUGUUUAUAGAAGACAUUGCCGUGGGCUGUGAACAUGUGCUCGCCCUGUCUUCCACUGGAGAUGUUUAUGCCUGGGGCUGCAACAGCGAGGGACAGCUUGGCCUUGGACACUCCAACCCAGUCAAGGAGCCCACGCUCAUAACAACCCUCCAGGGGAAAAACAUCAGACAGAUCUCUGCAGGCCGCUGCCACAGUUCAGCAUGGACCACCCCCUCUACCUCGAUGAAAAACUCAGGUGGCUCUGGAAGUUUCCAGCUAGGACUUCCCCAGUCUGUUCCUCCCCAGUACAACACUCUGAAAGACUGCAGUCCCAAGGUCCUCAGCAUGCGCCUCAGGGUACUCUACCACUUUUCUGAUCUCAUGUACAAGUCCUGGAGGCUGCUCAACCUGGAUGCCAAGAAUCCGGUGUCACGCUAUAGUUCAGGGACGACAGCCAUCCUCCGGGGUGAUCUCAGAGGUCUUCUAUCACCCAAGGUCAACACUCUGCCUCUAGUACGCUCCAUUGGCAGAACAAUGACCCAGGGCAAAACAUAUGGGCCACAGAUCACUGUAAAACGAAUUUCCACAAAAGGGCGUUCGAGCAAGCCCAUCUUUGUGCAGAUCGCAAAGCAAGUGGUGUCCCUGAAUCCUCUGGAGCUGCGGCUUCCAUCCCGAGCCUGGAAGGUCAAGCUUGUCGGAGAGGGAGCUGACGAUGCCGGAGGGGUGUUUGAUGACACCAUCACUGAGAUGUGCCAGGAGCUGCAGUCUGGUGUGGUGGAUCUUCUGAUUCAUACUCCCAACAGCUUUGCAGAUGUGGGCAGUAACACUGAUAGGUUCCUUUUGAACCCAGCAGCACUCUCAGAAGAUCACAUAGUCCAGUUUCGCUUCCUGGGCAUCCUCAUGGCUGUGGCUAUCCGCACUAAGAAACCUCUGGACUUACACCUGGCUCCUUGGGUGUGGAAACAGCUGUGCUCGAUGCCAUUGGGAGGGCCUGACCUAGAGGAGGUGGACCUGCUCACCUACCGCACCCUCCAAGGCAUCCUUCACUUGGAUAACAGUGGAAUCACAGAGGAUAACUUCCAUGUGAUGAUUCCACUAGACUCGUUUAUGGCCCACAGUGCAGAUGGAAGGCUGGUACCUAUAGUUCCUGGAGGUCAAAACAUCUCCCUGACUUUUGCCAACCGGACUGAAUAUGUGGAGAGAGCUCUGGACUACAGGCUGCAUGAAAUAGAUUCACAGGUGGCAGCAGUCAGAGAGGGCAUGUCCACUAUCAUCCCUGUGCCCCUCCUCUCCCUGCUGACAGCACAGCAGCUGGAGCAGCUGAUCUGUGGCCUCCCAGAGGUCUCUGUUGAGAUGCUGAAGAAGCUGGUGCGUUACCGUGACAUCACCGAGAGCCACCAGCUUAUUGGUUGGUUUUGGCAGAGCUUGGAGGAGUUCACCAAUGAGGAGCGAGUGCUGUUCCUACGUUUUGUGUCUGGCCGGUCCAGGUUGCCUUCCAACCCAGCUGAUAUCACUCAGAAGUUUCAAAUCAUCAAGGUUGAUAGGCCUGUCAAUGGCCUUCCUACUGCUCAGACCUGCUUUUUCCUGUUUCGUCUGCCCCCGUACACGAGCCAGGCCAUCCUUGCAGAGCGUCUGCGUUACUCCAUCCACAACUGCCCCUCCAUCGACAUGGACAACUACAUGCUGAACCACAACACCGACCCAGCAGACAGCUCUGACACCGAGGACUGAAGAGGCCGGCUGUGGUCAACCUGGUGAUGAAUGUAUCUUCUCUCCCAUGCCAUGCACAUUAUGCACUGAACACAGAUUUGUAUUUGCCAAACCUGUGUAAAAGGUAGUGUACUGUUUAUAUGUUGGUUGAUUUAAAGAUAUGUGUAGUUAUAGUUUUCCAAAUGUGCAAGGUGUUGUAAUUAUUGCAGUGCUUACUCUGAAUCCAAACUACUGGUAUACAGAAAAAGAUUUUUAAAUAAAAUAUAUAUAAGUUAAUAAGCCACAAUAAAGGAGUUAAUGUG